GUUUGUGUGUGUGGAGAGAGAGAAAGUGAGAGUGUACAGACACACGUACACACAGAGAGAGAGAGAGAGUAUAUGUGGAUUGUGUGCUUGUAUAGCUAAAGUGUGUGUGUGUGUGUAGUAUGUGUUUACAUGUGUAUCUGAAGUGAGAUGACAUGUCUGUGUACAGAGAGCGUGUGUGUCUAGACAGUGUGUGUGGGUAUGUGUAUAUCUAAAGAGAACACUGUGUGUAUGGUGUGUGUGAGAGAGAAUAUUUGUAUAUGUGCCUCUGUGUGUGUCUGUAUGUGAGUAUGUACAUAUCUACAGAGCGAGAUUGUGUGUGUGAGUGAGAGUGUAUAUAUGUGUGUAGAGAGAGAGCACUAAACAAUCUUUCAAGGCAGUAAAUUGAUUAGAAGGUGGAGAAUGGGCAAGGUUUUCCUGAUUUGUAAAAGAAAUAAAACCCGACCAUGUGGCUAAAAAAGGCAUUGGGAUUGGCCUGACCCAGGUCGAAGACGAGUAUUGUGGGUCACUUUUUCCAAUAUAGCUUUUUGGUUUUGUUGUGUUGAGUGCUUGAAUGUAAAGGUGGUACAGCAGCAAGUAAAUCUCUCUCUCUCACACACAUACCCCUUAUUAAAGGCUGAGAAGAAACCUGUGAAAGCCACAGCCUACAGAGGAGCCCUGCCGAUCCCCGUGAAGCUUUUGAACGAGGGGUGGAGCCUGGAAGUGUCCCCUGUUCAGCAUUGCCCGUGUGCCGUCCGGCGGCUCGGAGAGAAGCCCGCGAUGCUUUCGAGGGGGACCCGGAGAGGAACGCAUCCCCACCGCCUCUAAGCAAGGGAGCUCCUGCUGGCCCGGAGCGUAGGAUUUCCCCCCUUUCCCUUCCUCAGAGAUGAACGAGAGACCGAACGUGCCCUCUUCCUUCCCUGAAAUCUGCAGCAGCGAUGACACGAUAGCCAGAUCCAACCACCAAAGAGAGAAGACUCUUUUUCACGGAACGCUCGCCUGCCACCGCAACUGAACUCCGAGUCACCCGCUAUAUUUUUGUAAACUUGGAUUGACGGGGGUUUAUUUUCGCUUUCGCCCCCUGUGCCGUCUCGGCCGUUGAGUUCCCCGGGCGUGUUCCGGAGCGACCUGCUGCUGCUGAACUUUAAAAAGGAAGGCAUUGGCGUUUCUGGGCUUUGAAUUUGGUCCCCUUUGCCUCCGCCCAUGGCUUUUCUGAUGAAGAAAAAGAAGUUCAAAUUUCAAACCAGUUUCACUCUGGAGGAGCUGACGGCAGUCCCUUUUGUCAACGGGGUUCUGUUCUGCAAGAUUCGGCUCCUGGAUGGGGGAGACUUUGCCACCUUGUCGUCCAGGGAAGAAGUUCAGGAGAACUGUGUCCGGUGGAAGAAGAAGUUCACCUUUGUCUGCAAAAUGAGCGCCAACCCCGCCACCGGCCUCCUGGACCCCUGCAUCUGCCGCGUCUCUGUCCGCAAGGAGCUGAAAGGCGGCAAAACCUAUUCCAAGCUGGGUUUUGCCGAUCUGAAUCUGGCCGAAUUCGCCGGCUCCGGAUUCACGGUCCGAUGCUGCUUGCUGGAAGGAUACGACACCAAGAACACCCGGCAGGAUAACUCCAUCUUGAAGGUAAUCAUUGGGAUGUCCCUGCUUUCUGGAGACCCCUGCUUCAAAACGCCUCCAUCCACAGCCAAAUCGAUCGCCAUCCCUGGCCAGGACUCCACCCUCCAGUUGACCUGUAAAGGGGAGGGGACGGCCAGCAGCACCGCCAGCGCCACGACCGCCACAAGCACAGCCGGCUCGAUCGGCUCGGUCCGCCAGAGCAAGCCCAGACCCACGGUCCUCGGCUCAGGUGUGCUGGAAGAACCAGACCAGAAUCUGUCCAGUCCGGAGGAAGUCUUCCACUCGGGGCAUUCGCGGAACUCGAGUUACGCCAGCCAGCAGUCCAAGAUCUCCGGUAACUGCCAGCACGCCGCUUGGCACCUCUCUGCGCCAAGCUACAGCACGGAGCACUCGCGCUCCUCCAGCAUGUCUGAUCUGACGCACCGCCGGAACACUUCCACCAGUAGCAGCGCCUCCGGAGGCCUCAGCAUGACGGUCGAGUGCCCGGAGGGUGAACGGGAGCACAAACCUGAGAAGCCACCGCGCCCCCCCAGACCAAACCUGUUGGACAGGUCGUCCAGGAGGAAAAAGGAUUCUGUGGAAAGUCACCCCACGUGGGUGGACGACACCAGGAUCGAUGCCGACGACAUAGUGGAGAAGAUCAUGCAGAGUCAAGACUUCACAGAUGUCAGUAACACUGAAGACAGUAACCUGAGGCUGUUUGUGAGCCGAGACGGCACAACCACUCUAAGCGGGAUUCAGCUUGCAAACAGCUUUCUGACGUUUGAUUUCAGGCCAGGAUCUCAUCUGGAGUUUACGAGCCAGUGGUAAUUGAAAUCCAUUAAAUGUGAACCAGGCGAGGGAGACCUGCGGGCAACGGUCUCCUGUCCCGUCCACGGCCACCGCUGGAUGCUGAUGCCUGUCCUCCUUCUAAAGCUCCCUUCAUGCAACAUUCCAGGCAGGACUUCCAAGCCGCCCCGUUCCUCUUCCCUCGAUGCGUGCGCUGCAGAUCAGCUCCGAGAACCGGACGCUCUGGGAUGUGCAAUUUUUGCGUCGUGCUUCCUCCGAACGCCUCUGCCUCUCUGGAAGCGUCCUAGAAGUUCCUGCCAAAUCCUGACGCCUUGAACGCCCUCCUUGUCGAUGGAGGGGGAUCCUUUGUGGGUUUUUCUGCACUCCAUCCCUCACCCUCUUUUCAUUCCACGCAUCAUGUCUCAGUGUGGGGUCGCUCCGGGCCUGUCCCUGGCAACCCUUGGGUUAUACCACUGUGAACACUUAACCUCCCCCCCCCACACCCGAAAACUGCAGAGAUUAGCAGGGGACACACAACUGAAGCAAAGAAAGAGCAGCCAUUGGGGUGCAAUUAAGACGGUGGCUUCCUGGUCCCGUGGGCGUCUGCCUCCUGGAUUUCAAGGACCGCUCACUGCUAAACACAGCACCCGCAAGUUGAUUCCAGCGCCCAAAGCCCCAAAGAGUGUCCCUUCAUAGGAAACGGUUUCUCUCCCCCCCCCCCAAAGUGUGUCUCAAAAGUCACUGAGAGACAAAACUUUAUUUUUAAAUAGUGACACAUGCUGAGCCUCUGAUUGGGUCACCAAAUAUGUCUCCCCCCCCGCCACCCCCUUCCACUGCAGGGCAGAGAAGGGGCCGUUUUCUUCCGCUUCCCUUGGAGAGAGCAUUUGGGUUCCCAAUACACCACAGACAAAACUGGUUUUCAGAGGCGGAAUCCGAGCUCUCUCUUCCCAACAAGUUGCCACUUGUGUGUGUUCGCUUGCGGGGCGGUGGUGGUGGUGGUUGACAUCAGAUCAGCGUCUUCGCCAGUAGGGCAACUUCUAAGGUGCCCCAAUGUAGCUGCCUUCUGGGUCAGAAAGCAUGAUGUCUGGUCGCGGUUAUGGUCGACUUCCCACUCGGGGCGAAAAUGUUUUGAUGCUUUCUUCCAAACCUGGAAAGAUGGUAGCAUCUUCUCCCCCCCACCCCCCGCGCCCUUCCCCAUUCUGUUUGGUGGGAUCUUGACUUGGCAAGGGGCACGCAUCAUGGCUGUCUAGCCCCUCUCCCCUUGCCAGAUCCUUCCUGGAGAAGCUGCAUCUAAAAUGUGCCUGAAUCUGAGAUGCCAAGCAGCACUCCUCCCCUUUAACAUAUGUGGAUUUGAAUCCUUUCUUUGGUGUGCUAAGCUAGGCCUGGUCUACACAUGGGCGGAAGGGGGGGGUAGAAUCCUGAAAUGAUAGAGGUGAGGCUGUACCACUUGAGACUACAGAUAAAUGAAUGGGGGGGGGGGCUGUACCACUUUGGACUAAAGAUGAGCCCUAGUUUUUGAGUUGCUGCCCUAUAGUUAGCACACCAGGGAGGGGUGCAUUAGCCCCAACGUUUUCUGCUUGCAGGGAGGGGUGUGUUUUAUGCAGGAGAAAAAUACCUACCACUUCAGAUCUCCCCCCCCACAAAAUCCGCCAUGUUUUGCAGACCAAGCCUUAGGAUUUGAUAGCAAUGUGGAGGUUUAACAGUGUCCUCAUCCUUGUCAGAUCACUUUGGGGGGGUGCUUGAGAAAUGCUGAUGGUUGAGCUCACUCGGGUUCCCUUCACUGCGGUGCUGAAGCAAGGCAGCAAAAAACUGGAUGUUGGCGGGGGGUGGGAUCCGAAUUACCUGAAACCACCCCCCCACCCCCAUUCAAGAUGUGCUCCAAUCGAUUUGAAUCUAAUUAGAAUUUGCAACGAUUGAAAUGCCCAAAUUUGAUUGGACCUUGGGUGAAUUCCAGUCAAGUCAAAUACAUCUCCGCUCUAUCCAGUGGAUUCCAAUUCCAUUCGAAUCGCUUCGUGCAGAUUUCAUGCACAGCCCUGCCAAAAAUGUUCUCUUUGGCAGCUACAAUCGGAGGUCCAGACCAAAGGGACGUUUCUGCCUUGAGCUGGCUGAGUGUGGGACUCCCUGUAGUCUAUUCUGUAUAGUUUCAGCCUCCGAGGUCUCUUUCCUACGCCUCCUUCCCUUUGCUGUUCACCCUCACGGGUUACACACUUUGGGUAUUGCACAAGCCACAGUUGCUGGAGACUACUGUAUUCUCAUAACACGUGUGCGGCUGCACAGCACCUGUGUACUUACAUGCUCAUGCACACAUGUAGGCUCUCUCACAUGCAGCAAGAGAGAUUGGGUUGGUGGGGGGCUCUGGUCGUUUUGUCCCCCCACUGCCCCGAAAAGAUUAAUUGCACCCAAAUGGACUAAUGAUGGUUUUGCAACUGAUGUGAAUCGGAGCAAACUGCCCCAGUUAGGGACGUGCAGAAAAAUCUGACGGGAUCGAUUCUGCUUGCACAGAAUGGGAUGCGUUCAAAUUGAUUCGAAGCAAACUCUAAUCUAAUUCAGGUGAAUGUGAUUCGAAUUCGGGCGAAUUUGAAUCGAUUCGAACUGAUCCCAUUCAGUGCAAGCAGAUUCGUGUCGAAUCGAUUCGAAUUCAAAUGGGAUUUGGAUUGAUUCAGUUGGAUUUUUUGCACAUCCCUAGCCCCCAAUAAUAAUUUGGGGGUGGCUGGGAACCAGAAGGAAAUAUGGGUUUUUCGCUAGGUCAGGCCCGUGUUUGGAGAUGGGGAAGCACUGGCAGCUUUUGGGGGAGCACUGAUCGCCCGCAAAAGAGUAACUUUGCGGACUAAUAAUGCAUUAUAGAUUGGAAACUUAAACUGCAAGGCUUGGAAGAUUAAGAGGAGUAGGGAGCUGGUGGUGUGCCUGCCUCCAAAGGUGGUAAUUCCAUAUGGUGGCUGUAUCUGGUUUAUAGGCGGCUGAAGGAGCAUCUCCCACCAAUAAAGCUAGGUUGUCGGUUUCAGCACUGGGAAGGAGGCUCACAGGAGUGUGCACCCCGUGCUGUGAGAGCUGGAGGCACACAGUUCCAGGGAAGGAAGGGAGAAGACACAACUGCUCCCUCUGCUCAUGGUAAGCAGGCCUGUUGUCUUGGAAGGACAGGUGUCUGCAGUGGUGGAGUUUCCAGGCUGGGAGUAAAGGGGAGACGAGGUUUAGUUGGUUUCAGUGGUGAAAGCAUCCCCCCAAACAAUGGAGCCCCAUGCAGUCUUCCAGCUUUCGCCUGCAUCCUUGUGGCCUGUGUGACCGUGCUCCCUCGAAGAGGGAUUCCCAGAUGGUGUUGACUACGACUCCCAGAAUCCCCAGCUGUAAUGGCUUUUGCUUGGGGAUUAUGGGAGAUGUAGCCAACAACAUCUGGGCAUCCCUGCACGGAACAUGGCUCCUAGGGGUGGGGAGAUGUCUCAUAUUCACCCCUUCUGCUAGCUGGCAGAGAUGAUGAUGGCUCACUGAUGGUGGGUUUAGAACGGGACUCCACACCUUGGUCCCGCCAGCUGUUUCUAGACUACCGCUCCCGCCAUCCCCAGCCACUGUGGGCCGUCGCCAGGGGUGAUGGGAGUUGUAGUCCAACAUCAGCCGGAGGGCCCAAAUUGGGCAGUCCUGAUCGAGAAGUACUGCAGCUUGGCACUUGAGUAGCCUAGAAGGUGGGGGAGGGCAGGAAAAGCCAACUCAAGGAUCCAGGCCAGUGUGGUCGAAUCGGCUAGGCAUCGGAAAGCCUCGUUUCGGAUUCCAGGCAAAAAGGGACCAGCAGCGAGCAUUUGAGAGACCUUGGCGACCAACCCAGCAGUGAAACACCGCAGGUAGAAGAGAGGCAGGAUCUCUCUUCUUCUGGCCCGUCCCUGUGGCUGAUUUCACGGACGACUGCAUGGUGACCCUGCCGGUUGAGCUGGUUCGUGUUGGCUUUGCUUGAGGGGAGUGCUCUCGCGUGACUGUUCCGCCAUGCUCCCUGAGCACCGUUUCCCCUCCUCCGAGCAUAGCCAAGACUUGCCCCCAGGGGCUCCAGAAACCUCCGUGAUGGGCCAGUCGCAAUGCAGGAUUUGUGUCUCCAACAAGGCAAGCAAGGGUGGAUCUGAGCGACAAGAAGUUCCAGCAAGCAAACCGUUCUCCAGCUGGAGUCCCCAGAUGUUGUCGGACUUCAAUGGCCUUUGGCCACUGCAGCUGGGGAUUCUGGGAGUCGGAGUCCCACGACGUCGGGAGACCCCAGCCGGAGAACCCCCGGCCUCGUGUGAAAGCGGCUGCAGAAUGUGGUGGAGCACAUCUUGGACCUCGCCAGCUGCUGAGCGGCAACACCCGUCACUCCCAGCCACGACUCGGAGAUGAUGGGUGUGGUAGUCGAACAUCGGCAGGAGGGCCAGAGCUGUGCAGCCUUGCAGUAGAACCUUUCCCAUGUUGGCAUUGCCAGCACCAAGCCGGGUUUCCUUUGGGGCUCUCCUCUGAUCCUCGGGGACUGGCUGUCUGCUUAAAUCUUUGGUGCUCCGAUCCAACACCUUGAUGGAAAGCAGGCUUCCCCGUGCAAACUUAGUCUUAACAUCAGACAAGGCCUGUUGACUCCUUGUGAGUCGGAACCAAGCAGAGGGGUAGGCUUCUUCCCCCCGCCUCAAAUUCCCUCUGUGGCAAACUCAUCAAUGUCCACUGGCCCCCGAAGAGUCUGAACCUCUAGAGUGGGGCGAUUUUUAGUCGGCAGUUCUAUUGCCCAUCACCUUGCAAGCACUUUUCUCUCUUUGGCAUGAUUUGGUGUUUCUCUUCCUAGUUGACUUGGAAAUUGUGCUUGGAAGACUGUGUUUGUUUCUUUCCCCCCCCCUCUCUUUUUUUACAAAUUGAAAUUCUCAAAACCACUGGUUUCAUUUGGAGACCUCUUUGCUUUGCUUUUUAAAGAUCAUAUUUAGAUUUCUUUUCGUUUUAUGAACCCAGCGGGCUGGCGUUCGGCCAUUUUUUUAAUCCAUUGUUUCAUGGCUAUCUCAUGUUCGGGAUGGGGGGCGGGUGUUUCUUCUUAAAAUUUCUAGUGGAGGGGGGGAGAAGCAGGUAGACGAGGAGGGAUACCUCCUCUUUGAAUAGCGGUAUUGUUUCAAAAUCCAAAUAGUUUCAGGAGCGUGUCUUUGCCGAUGACCCUUCUCAAGCUCGUAUCUUUGGUCUUGCCCAAGACUUUGGUGGGAGCAGAAAGCUUGCUAAUUUAGGUUGAUCAAGAGGGAUGGGGGAGUGGAGCUGGUCUCUGCUUCUGCUAGUGCCAAAUGGGCUCAACUGUUCAACAUAAACGGCUUUGAGAGGGGUGUGGUUUAGUUGCUUUUUGCAUGGUUGGAAACCCACUCAGCCGAAUUUAGUGGGUAUCAGCAUCAUGGUUGGGGCGGGCGGGGGACAGAUAUGGGGCAGGCAGCUCCUCCUUGAGGAAUGAGAGAGUUGGAACUGGUUUUUCUCCAUUUGUCUGGCACUUUAUGGUGGUGGGUGGGUUGUGUGCUAUCUUAUGUGUGAAAAGGGGAUUGGUUUUUAAAUGGCCUGCCUGCCCCUUUCUUCUUCACAGGAGAAAGUGACUCUCUUAGGUGCUGUUGGUUCCUUUUUAGAAUGGCAGACUCUCUAGAAGUUUCGCCAACCUUGUGAAUGAGAGGGCUUUUAUGAUGUUUCAUUGGCUGUGUUGUCGUCCUUCCCGCCCCCCGCCCCUUUGCUCUUUUUUUUCUUUUUUUAAACGUGUGACUGUGCAGCCGGAUUGCACAGAGAUGGUGAACCUCUGGCAGGCCCCACACCAGGUACGCGUCACGUCGGAGCACCCAAGUGAAAUGCACCCCUCCUGGAGAGGGGGCACGAGAGGAGAGCCAGGGCCUCCUUCACUCGCUUGGUCUCAGGAGCUGCUAAAUGGUUCCACUGUUGGACCUCCCCUCUCCAAAGGAGCGAAGGGACUCUCCGCCACUUCCACAGCCCCGUGGACAGGGUUGGUCCUCUAGGGCUGGAUCCGCAAACACUGCGCCUGGUUGCGAGUGUCGGUUGGAUCGGUCGCCCUCUCAUCCAAAGGGUCUUGAUCUGCAAUCCCCCCCCACCCCCGCAGUGGGAUAGCUCCUUGUUCCUGCCCAGUUAGUGAGGGGUAAACUCCUUUUCUGCUUUUUAAAAAGGAAAAAUGAAAGGAACUCAGAAGUUAAGAGGAGAGUCUCUGAUCCUCUGCUUCGAGAAAUGUUUGCUAGUUUUUGUGUGUUAAGCCCAUAUUUUGAGGGGGUUUUAAAGAGAGAGAGAGAGAGAGAGAUCACGUUUAUUUUCGUGGAGAAAUUAUUGAAGCUCAGAUGAGAUGUGGAUUCAAUUUUUUUAUAUUCAGAUAAUUCUAUAGUGAGAGAGAGAGAGAAAGCAUAGAUAUUUUUGGAAAGGGAAAUCUGGGACUAUGCAAACUUCCAAAACUGCUUGAAGAGUUAGUUUUAACACGUCCUAAACUUUUGAAAUCUUAAGAGCUUAAAAACCUAAAGGUGCCGUUGCCCUUAAAAUGAGUCUAGAAGAGAUGUUGGGUCCGACGCCCGGUUUUGCUGAUUUCUUUGAAAAGUUUGUGGGGCUGGAGGAGAACAAGAUGGCCUCUUUUUUUUUUUUUUUUAAUUCUCCCCCCACGGUUUUAACUUGCUCCUCUAGUGUGUUUCUUUUCUCUAACGAAAUGCUGUGCCGUCUUUGAUUCAACAGAAUUGUGUCUGUAUUCUCUGUUACCUGGUUCCUAAUGUAGAGAAGCAACAAAUAUAAAGAGGAAAUCACUAUAAUGUCAAAUGUCAUUACAGUUUUGGGGGAAAUAAAGGGUUUUUUUGGUACUUCACACAA